UUGAACCGAGUUCCAACCCGUCUCCUUCCCCUCUUCUGUGCUCAACAUCUAUCCCUUCCUCUCCGUUUUCUCGCCGUUUGUCACCGCACGUCGCACCAUACUGGUAGGAUCCAUGGGAAAAAGGAAAAGCAACAUCUCCGGACUUGCGCGCUUUGUAUUCGAGGUAGUCCAAGAUCCCCGACCCCAACCGAUAAACCAGUCUCCUGAAGCUUCGCCUGAGGGAAAGGCAGCGGCUUCGCGAGAAACAGGGGAUGAUGGGAGGGGCGACGAUGUGCUGGACACGAGGCCGAAGAAAAAGCCGAAGCUCCACACAGGACUGCUGGGACCCGGGCUCGAGAAGUACGACGCGACUGGACUAGUUCCGUUCUACACCGAUGCCUCGCAAGUACCUCAACAUCUGCAGAAGUACUUUUCGCAGCGAGAACGCUUCUUCUCCUUGUACUCGUCAGGCUGUCUUCUGGAUGAGGAAGGCUGGUAUAGCGUGACGCCUGAGGCGAUUGCGGAUCAGAUUGCAGAGAGGUGCAGGUGCAACGUUAUUCUGGAUGCAUUCUGUGGCGUUGGAGGUAAUGCUAUCGCAUUUGCGAAGACAUGUGAACGAGUGAUUGCAUUGGACAUAUCCCCCGUACGUCUCGCCCUUGCAAGACACAACGCAGUCCUUUAUGGCGUGGAAGACCGAAUAGAGUUCAUACUGGCAGACUUUUUCUCCUUCGCACGGACAUUGAAGCAGCGUCCGGGGCGGAAGAUUGACGUCGUCUUUCUGAGUCCACCUUGGGGCGGCCCCUCCUAUCUGUCUGUCUCACCGUCAAAGACACGUCCUACUCCUAGCGCCCCUAUCGCUCUCGAGGACGCUUCAGAGGAUACAUACGCGGAAUAUAGCUUGUCCAGCGUUCGUCCCGUCCAUGGCACAGAGCUCUUCAAGAUCGCACGAGAUAUCACUCAGAAUAUCGCGUAUUUUCUCCCCAGGAACACAAGCCUGGAGGAGCUCUCUGGUCUAGUCGCGUCCGACGGUGCGUCAGGUUCUGCCUCGGAGAUGAUCGAGGUGGAGGAGGAGUGGAUGGGAUCGAAGUUGAAGGCGCUUACCUGCUACUUCGGUGGGCUCGUGGCGGGUCAGGAGCUUAUAUUUAACGCAUAGUGCUGUAGCUUCCUCUAGUUUGAUGCUAGUAUAGUUUUCGCAUACAC